UCAGGAUCGCCUGUCAUUUUUGCAGGAGGACAGGCAUAUGCGGUGCAGGGACAACAUGCCAUUCCUCAGCCUGAUCUCACUAAACUCCACCAGUUGGCAAUGCAGCAGAGCCCGUUUCCUUUGGCCCCCAGCAGCCAGGGCUUCUCUGCUGGUAUGGACGCUACUGCACAGACAGGCUCUCAUGAACUGACCAUUCCAAACGAUGUGAGUUUGCUGACCUUUCGUUUCCUACACGCUUCUGAGAGGAUCUGAUGAUACGACGAUAUUAGGGCUGCCACAAUGACUCGAUAAUCACUAUUGACAAUUAUCAACCACAGACUUGAUUAGCGUUUAAUCGUACUGUGCCCAGAAAUCAAAUACCGUUUUAAUAAGUCAAAAUAUUAAAUGGCAAUACUAACCGUAGUGAAUUUUGUCUUAGUUUAUCGACAGACUGUAACCGUUUCAUCCCUGUUUGUAACCCUCAAACUAGAGUGAGUUUGGUGACUCCUUGUAAAUCUUCAGGGACCCCCACUGUAAAGAGAU